UCGCGGGCGCGGGCCCGAGUACGUGUCUGAGGGGGAGGCGGCGGUGGCGGUGGGGCCGGUGCGGAGCAGCCGCGGGGAGCGGGAUCGGCUCCAGCGCCAGUGCCGGGGCGGUUUUAAUUAGACUUCGGUCAGCCCGGGUUUUAUCGGGAGCGGAUUUUAAAAGCGUCUCUCGUCCCUCUGCCUCUGCGGACGGGGCACCAUGUCGGAAGCGGAGCAGCAGCUGGCGGCCGGCGCCACCCAGAACGGGCACGAAGCGGCCGAGAGCGCCGGGGAGCAGCAGGCCGAGACCGGCGGGGCCGCUGCGGCGGCGGGAGCGGCAGGAGCAGCGGGAGCGGCGGCGGCGGCGGGAGCCGGCCCAGCGGCGGGAACAGCGGGCACGGCCGCCAGCCAGAAUGGGGCCGAGGGCGACCAGAUCAACGCCAGCAAGAACGAGGAGGACGCGGGGAAGAUGUUUGUUGGUGGCCUCAGUUGGGAUACAAGCAAAAAAGACUUGAAAGAUUACUUCACCAAAUUUGGUGAGGUAACCGACUGUACGAUAAAGAUGGACCCUAACACAGGAAGAUCCAGAGGCUUUGGAUUUAUUCUCUUCAAAGAACCUGGGAGUGUUGAAAAGGUUCUGGAACAGAAAGAACACAGACUAGAUGGACGACUAAUUGAUCCCAAGAAGGCCAUGGCAAUGAAAAAGGAUCCAGUGAAGAAAAUAUUUGUUGGUGGGCUAAAUCCAGAAGCUACAGAAGAGAAAAUCAGGGAAUACUUUGGAGAGUUUGGAGAGAUUGAAGCAAUUGAAUUGCCAAUGGAUCCAAAGACCAACAAAAGGAGGGGGUUUGUGUUCAUCACUUUCAAGGAAGAGGAUCCAGUGAAGAAGGUUUUGGAGAAGAAAUUCCAUAACGUCAGUGGAAGCAAGUGUGAGAUUAAGGUAGCACAGCCAAAAGAAGUGUACCAGCAGCAACAGUUCAGUAGUGGUGGAGGAAGAGGUAGCUAUGGAGGAAGAGGCAGAGGUGGAAGAGGCGGCGCUCAAAGUCAAAAUUGGAAUCAAGGUUAUGGCAAUUACUGGAACCAGGGUUAUGGGAAUCAAGGAUACGGCUAUCAGCAAGGUUAUGGUGGCUAUGGAGGCUAUGAUUAUUCAGGAUAUGGGUAUUAUGGAUAUGGACCAGGCUAUGAUUACAGUCAAGGCAGUGCAAAUUAUGGGAAGACACCAAGACGUGGUGGUCAUCAGAAUAACUACAAGCCAUAUUGAUCAAACUUAUUCAGGCCUGGCAGUGGUCACAGUUGAUGCCUACAAGCACUGGAUAUUCCACAAGUUGAAGACGGAAUACUGACUUGUUUACCUGAAGAUAAUAGGACUUCGGGGUAUUUCCUCAGAGAAAAUAUAAAUUUUAAUAUAAUUUCGUAAGCUUUGGAGGUUAGCUUGUCUUGUAGCUUCAGUGAUAUCAAACUUCUUCAAGUAGGAGCUAGAUAGAAAGCUGUUUAGUUUUUGCCAGCGUAUGUAAAACAAGACUUUUCUAUCUGCAUUGUAGAUUGUUUGUGGACACUUCCAGAUUCUUGUGCUUUCUGCAGUCAUUCUGGGGACUGAACUCUCAUUGAUACUGAAAGAAGUUCCAUGAACACGACACGAGCAGGAAUUUGAGUGUAGAAGCCCACAGUGUGGUUUGGAAUAGUGAACUGCUUUUAGUUUGGAGAUGACUGGGGGAGAUGGGAAGAGCAACUGUACAUUAAGGGAACAAUUACAGAUCUUCCUGGUGACAUCAAUGAGAGAUUUGCCUUCAACCUUUCACAGAAAAUUUUUUAGCUUUAAUUUGGGAUAUUAAAGGGGUUUUUCAAAAGCGCUAAAGGCCAGUGGAAGCUUGUUAGCUGCUCCUUAUGCCUUUAAAAACCCCUACACCAAAAGUGAUAGCCCAGAACAUGAAAUGGAAGUAAAUAAAAUGCAUUUUCAUUGCUGUUUUGAGUUACAUAAUUGUUGUUUCUUGAUUUGUUAGUUGAUCUGAAUUUAACUUGGAUUUAUUCUGUAUGGUGACCAAGGAAACGGUGAGUAACUGCUAGAGAUGCCAAGUACAGCCACAAAGCCAGUGAUGUGUAGGUGUAGCCCCUGAGCAGCCAACCAGGUACAAAUGCACUGCCCACAGCCCUGAGGCUGUGUCACCUCCCCUGGUGGCCAUUCCAGCAUUGACCAGAACGGAGCACAGGCUGACCCUGACUCCUGGGAUAAGCUCAAGGACACCCAGAGCCUGGUCACAGCUGAGAACUCAGACACCAGACAUCACCCUACCUGUGUGGAGCACAAGGCACAUUCCCACAAUAUCGGAGCAGGACCUCCAGCACUAGGUCAGCUUGGACAGGGCAGGGUGCACCUGGACAGUCCCAUCCCUCUCUCAAGCCCUCUCUGGCAGUAGCUGCAGUGAGAGUGACAAUGAAGCAAGAAUCUUAACAGAGGUUUUGGUUCUACUCAGUGCACCCAAGCUGCCUCCCUUCUGUAUUCUCUAAGAUCAAGGCCACAAAGAGCCAUAAUACUGUGUUUGAUGUUACAGUCGGGCUCCCAAUUUCACCUAAAACUCCUACUCAGAACUCAGCAACUUGUAUUGAGCAAAGUAUUUCCUCCAGACAUGAUCUGUUAAAUGAAAAGGGCAUAAGGGUGAUAGCAAUUUAUCACUGAUCUGGUUAGGAUUAACCAGUUUUACCAAUAAAAAUCCACAGCUUAC